UGUCAAUCAACGCAGACGACGUUUGAAGUAAUGAAUCUUAAAAAGAAGCAUUUUCAAAAUCAAAAGUUUAGACCAAAAUCGGCCUUAAAAUGUUGACCCUUUUGAGCGAAAUCCAUUUCUGGAGCACCCAAGAAGACGUCAUCGUAAAACAUCCAGAUUUUGGAUCUUUCAAAUACUACUCAAAAAAAGACCUUAAUGAUUCCCUUUGCUACCAAAGCAAAAAAAAGUAUUGUGAACAACGAGGUGUAAUAUGGCACUUGCCUAAUAAACGCCCCCAAAAGCUUCGUGAUCGACUCAAAGAAUUAGAGGAGUACCUCCUUCACAACAAAAUCAUUUGUUUCUUUUGGUCUGACAACCACUUGCAACUCCUUCUAUCCACGGGGGUUGUCGUCACCCUCACAAUUGACAUCACUACUGGCGACCUCACAAGUCUCACCUUUGAUAAAUCUCUCGCCGCUAAACUCCAAGUCAACAUACUAUGCGAUGGCGUAAUUCUGGGCCCCCAAAUCAUCUGUAUCUGCAAUGACGGCCACGUGCUCGGGUUUGGAGGCUCUUGGAAGGACGGCUGGAUUGUCGAAGGGGGCCCUCGACGCCACCUCAACUUCCACAACGAUUGGUUAGCCGUGUGGGGCAAAUGUGAAGCCGAACACCCGCAGCCAUGGAGCCCUCUCGGGAAAGACUACCAACGUGCUAAUCUACACCUCUACUGGGUUGGCGUUAGAGGGCCCGAGCUUUUAGCUUAUAAAAAAACCGACGGGGACCCUAUUGAAGUCAUCGUGAGUCGGACAAUACGCAGAACUUUGUUCGUAAUUGAACAAAAAGUGACUCUUAGGGGGGCUGUUUCGGUUGAAUUGAGUAAUUUUGAGUUAGUUGGGGCGAAUCUGAAACGGGUUUCGGUUAUUUCAGUGCCUCUUCAAACCCAAGUCAGUUGUUGUGCUUUAAAUGAGCAGGAAACUAAACUUUUAAUUGGUUGUAUUGAUGGGUCUUUGGCUUUGUUGGAUCGAGUAAGGGGGUCCACUAGGACGGUUAAAGGAUUGUUUAUACCGAAGUUUGCACGGUGGAACUCUCUGGGGGCUGUUGUCACUGUUUUGAAUGAAAGAGGGCAAUUGCAAUACUUUGAUACGGCUUUAAAUAGUGUUAAAUCACAAAUAAUGGGAGAGGACUGUACCCCAACUGCUUUAGUCGAUUUAUCCGGAUAUUUUAAUACUCAAUUUACCAUAAGUUCGGUUAGUUGGGGGCCUAAAGACCUAGUCGUGGUCCUAGAGCAAGGUCCCAUGUUACUUAUAACUCAUAUUGAUAGAUCUUUAUCUUUCAAAUCUUUAUCGCAAAGAUAUAUCAAGAUGGGCAAAAUCGAUAAAGCUAUUCGCCUCCUCCUUAGUUGGGAGUUUAACGACGAAAGCUUCAACGUUUUACAAAAAAUCGUAGCCUAUUUAUUAUCACAGCCAAUGAACGAGGACAUUGCGAGGUACCUCCAAGACGCCCUCGGCUGCUUCCACUGCCCCCCGGUGCCCCUCAACCCAGAAACGCGCUCUCGUUUCUUCACCCAAAUUUUCUCCCUGACUCGUCGAUUCUUCCACCAACUAGUCCGCGCCCAAAUGUUCGAAACCGCCUUCCUCCUGGCCGUUGACCUCGGCCACCACGACCUCUUCAUGGACCUCCACUACAUCGCGGUGCAGAUUGGCGAAACCGAGAUGGCGGCUGCGGCCCGCGCGCAGGCCUCCGCCCUCCUCAGCAGAUGCUCAAGCGAAGCCUCGAACUGCACUCGGUCGUCCUGCUCCCAAUGCUCGGGAAGCAGCGACGAAAACCCCGAUAAUUACCUCACGACGAACUUCAACAACCCGCAACCGAAGACCUAUCCGCGAGCCACCUUCGUGAAGGCCCCACAAGUGCCGGCGAACUUCAAAGCGCCUCCUUUGCCCAACCUAGGGAUCCCCCGUAAUGUGUUUAAGCCACCGUUGCCCUCCACCGGGGCUGUCAAGAAGGUGCAACCAAAAGUCAAGUUUUCGGAUACAGUGACGGCGUUUAUUGUCCCUGAGAUCAAGAGACCGACGAGGCCGCCGCCCCCACCUCAUUUCACCGACCCACAGAAGGAGUUGGCCGAUAGUUUGCCGCUGUGUCACCCCAAUGAGGACUAUUUAAAGGAUUUCACCCCAAUGAGAAGGAAGGAGAGUGAGGAGGCACAACCCAAAAUCAAAGUAGUGCACUUCGGGGUCGUUUAAUUAAAUUAAACUCAAUUAAGUAAUUUCCGUCCGUUAAGUACAAACAAAAUAAAGGAUGUAAUAUUUUAUCGAAUAAGAAAAAGUAUAUUUACUUGAACAUUGCUGUAGUCUUAUAUGUAUUCAGAUUUUUGUAAUUUCAUAAAUAAAUAUUACAAGAGAUGAAA